CCCGCAAGAAAGCGUCGCGGCGCUCAAGUUUUCCACCAAGAAGUUAGUCGUCGCCCGCCCGCGCCUCGAGGAGGUCUCGCUUCCGCUUUCCCUCCGAUCCCUCCGCGUAAAUAGACCGGUCCUCGCGAAGUUAAAGAUAACCGCCGCGCGCGAAGACUAAACGACUCGUUCUUUGCAGAUCCGUCGUGUAGCGGCGCGCAACAUCGCAUGAAUUCGUUGUGACCAUACGCCCGAAACUGGAAUUAAUGUUGAAGUACUUCAAUGAGAACAUAUCCCUAGCGCUCCAGGAGAGGUACAGGGACCUCCAUGAGUAUCGGAAGGCGGAAGUAGAGGACUCACCGAGGGAGGCAAAAGUACCGAAAAUAGCGGAGGAAGGCGAGGCGGUCGGCGGCGAGGGCGCUUUCGAGCCGGGCGCCGCGCCGCCGUUCCCUCGGCUCCUGGAGCCGCCUAAGGAGGAAGACAACUUUGUGGCCAGCUGGCUGCACAACUCCUUUAAGAUGACGGCCGCAGAAGGCAACGAGGCGGCCGCAGGAGGCAGUGCGCUAGACCUUCGCGCCGCCCCCUUAUCCCUGCACAUACCGGCGCUGCAGACUGAGGCCCAGAGGUUUAAGAUGCAGGACUUCUGGAACAGAAGCCGGCCAGGAUCACCAGUACAGGAACAGGUGGAUCACAACCAACCUGGUCCAGCACCUCCCACACCUCAGCCGUCUGCCACACCUGACCACAAGAUCCUGACUGAAAAACUCGUUAGUGAAAUUCAGCAACAGCAGCAGUCACCAUCGGCAGAUUCGACGAUGAGCGAGCGAUCCCUUGUGCCUUUCGCGCUGGUAAAUUUACUAUCAUCACUCAAUAAUGUCGAUCCGCAGCAGUCGCCGUCCGGGGAAGCCCCGCUGGGCGACCGCAACGUGCUGCCCUUCGCAUUGGUAAAUUUCCUGAAUAGCCUCAAUAUCGAUCAACAAGCGAGGUCCGGCCAGAGUAUCAGCGAGAGAACGCUCGAAGAAUGCUGGUCGACACUUCAGCGAAUCUUCAUGCACAAAAACGCCAUGCAGAUGCACGCGAGGGAGCUGCAACGUGGCUUGGGUGGUGAGGUGAAACCACACCAAUGCCAGCAGUGCCUGAAAUCAUUCAGCUCGAACCACCAGCUGGUCCAGCACAUCAGGGUCCACACGGGCGAGAAGCCGUACAAAUGUUCCUACUGCGACAGACGGUUCAAGCAAUUGAGCCACGUUCAACAACAUACCCGGUUACAUACAGGUGAAAGACCUUAUAAAUGCCACCUCCCGGACUGUGGGAGGGCCUUCAUACAGCUCUCCAAUCUGCAGCAGCAUCUGAGGAAUCAUGAUGCUCAGGUGGAAAGGGCCAAGAACAGACCCUUCCAUUGUAAUAUUUGCGGAAAGGGAUUUGCAACUGAGAGCAGUCUAAGAACACAUACUGCCAAGGAGCUUCAGCUGCACCUUGGUGUUUUGCAGCAACAUGCGGCACUCAUGAUAGGUGGCGCCACCGCAACACCUUGCCCAAUAUGCCACAAAGUCGUUUUCGGGGGCGAAGCCCUUGUUGAACAUAUGAAGAACACCCACAAGGACCCGAACGCGUCCGGCGUUGCGACGAAGCGGCGUACUGCGAACCAUCCGUGUCCAGUGUGUGGGAAGCAUUACGUUAACGAGGGUUCCUUGAGAAAGCACCUUGCCUGCCAUCCAGAGACACAACUGACUAGUGGAUUGCGGAUGUGGCCCUGUUCCGUCUGUCAAGCUGUCUUCACGCACGAAAGCGGUCUUCUCUCCCACAUGGAACAUAUGAGAAUGGAACCUAAACAUCAGUUCGCUGCUCAGUACGUCCUCUCAAGAGCAGCCGCCGAAAGACGAGAAAGAGAUAUUAUCGCAGCCGUAUCAGCAUCAGCGGGUGGGUCAGGGCUACUAAAUCUGGCCCCUCCUUCACCAGCGCAUUCUGAUUCAUCAUCGAACGGCCGUCUCUCAUCAUCAGCGGGAUCCGAAGCAGGCGCUGCGGUAAAUAAACUUUCUGAUUUACUACGUUCUGCAAAUAACGGUCACCAGGCAUAUGGAGAUGAAAGAGUAGCCGCCAUCGCAGCUGCUGCCGCUAACAUGAUGGCGCAACCGGGAGAAGGGGCAAAUGCGGUACAAGUUGCUGCUGCUAAUUUAGUUACAGCAAUGCGUCAACAGCUAGCCAGAGAGCCGCCAGUUCAGCCACCUCCCGAAACACCUCCUGCUCCAACUGAAGCCGCACUUAGAAUUCAACAGGCCGAAGCUCUUUUACGAAGUCAAGCCGAGGCGCUAAGAUUAGCAGUUUCCCAAGCAGCAGCCGCCCAUAACAAUGAAAGUCCAAGCCCGCUGAGACACAACGGCGGAUUCCCUCCAACGAAUGACGCGAGCGGACAGUUGUCUCCUGAAUUGGUGGAAGCGUUUAGAAUCGCUCAGGAAGAGAGAUUGCAACAAGCUUUGCGGUUGCACGAUCCAAGGAUGUUGGGUUUCAAUUUACCAUCACCAGUUCAGCAAGCUGCUCAGCAGGCUGUGGCCGCUCAGCAAGUGGCUCAGGCUCAAGCUCAGGCCGCUCAGGCAGCUCAAGCUGCGCAAGCCGCACAAGCUGCCCAAGCCGCUCAAGCAGCCCAGCAAGUUGUACAACAACAGCAACAAAUGCAACAGGCUGCGCAAGCUGCCCAAGCCGCCCAGCAAGUUGUGCAACAACAGCAACAAAUGCAACAGGCCGCCCAGCAAGCCGCACAGCAAGCUGUCCAUCUCCAACAGAACCCUCAACCAUGAAAAUUCAGCUAUUACUAAUCCGACGCGAUUUCGGUUCAAAACUUCUUAUCGCAAAAGUAAAUUUAUACGAAAAAAAAAAAAAAUUAAGUUUUUACUAUUUUUCGGAAAACAAAACGAGAAAUUUAUUUUCGACGGAGCGUGAAAUGAAAUCGCCUCUGAUUAGUAAUUGUGUUCGUUUUAUUACAACAGUGAUGUUUUUCUCUUUAAGCGGAAUUAACUUGUUUUCUAUACCGAAUGAAAUUAUAUUAUGAUAAAUGAUAAUACUAAAACUUAGAUAGAACUAACUGUUGUAAAUAGGAGCGUUUAGCGGAAACAAAUAUUUGUGUAAAUAUAAAAAAUUACAUUAUAAAAUAGUCGAAUGAACAAAGAGGAACGGAAACUCGCCCGAACAAAUAAUUAGCUGUAGAGAAUAGUUUCAGUGCAAUCUUCAAUAAAUAUUUGUUUGGUUGUUUCAGUGGUUUAUUAUAUUUAUUUUUUACUAGCUUUAUCACAGAACGAUGUAUUUUUUAGCUUAGUACAAACUUUUGGAUGUGCCAAACUGUUUUAAGCACGUUUUAUCGCAUUUAGCGAGUCUCUGCAAUAUUUAGUUGCAUUAAGUUUCCAAAUAAUAUUUUUAUUCUAUAGAAAUCGUUUAACAUAUUAUGUUUUUUACUUUCACGCAAUAACACGUCUCAUGCUAGUCAAGUUUUGAACGCACAAAAUGUUCUAUUUUCAAAUUUAUAUCGAAAUUUUUUACUUUUUUUUUCAUAUAAUAUCUGUUUUUUUUUUCUUGGCUUAUAAUUUUAUUUAAAUGCCAUAUUAGUGAUAAUUAUUGUAAAUACGUAGA